UGCAGUGGUUCAAGUACCCGUACACGGGUCGAGUAAUGACUGUGAGUGGACCUCCGCUUCAGGAAACGCAACGCAACAUGCAUCACGAUGUCCACGUCCAGUUGCCGAACUGAAAUGCGCUUGUCCAGGCAACGCGCAAGAAAUAAAUCAGUGCACUUUCUCUGCAAUUCCGGCUGUCAUGUCCACCUAGCUAAAACUGUAUACGCCGUCUAUGUAGCAAGCACAACGGGCGCCAGCUGAAGGAGGAGGUUGUCACCAGUGUAUUGGCAGUGCCAACAUCUGAGCAGUCAGCUCCCGGCCUAGUGGAUACGAUCGAACGGGAAAAUGAGGUACACCAAAUUGAUCAAUGGUCAACAUUUUGCCCCACGUAUCUUCUCAGUGUUGAUCUUGCUGGGAAUGAUAUUGGCAGUGCAGAGUCAGCAUGAAAACUGUAAAAAUGGAUAUGUUGGGUUAAGAAGUGAAUCGAUUUUGCAUAUUGACUAUCAAGGACCAAGAGAUUUUUACAUUUUGCCUGACAUGUCAUCGGCAAGUCUUCCUUCUUUGACGUGUUUGAUCGUAUGUGGCACAAUUCGUUCAAUUGGGCCCAUUGACCCACCCCCGUCGACAGCUUUCUGGUACUUCAACAACGCACCUGUUCAAGACAAUCCAUUGUUCAGGAUUGAGCGCCAUUAUCGAGACAAUCGGCAGUUAACAAUAGACAAGGAUAUAAUAUUCACCAGAAAGCUGCACUGGCCAACAACUAUCACUCAGUCAAUGAUAGGAGCGUAUGAAUGCAGCUUUCGGAAGGGAGGAAUACUGUAUCAGACGAACACUCUAACUUUACACGUUGCCGAAAAACCGUACAUUGCCUUCAUCAGUGGAUCCAUGACUAUCGUGUCCACAUCAUGGCAGGUCGGAUCAAUUGCCUUGGUGUGCAAAGCAAACGGCACGGGACCAUUGAAUAUGACGUGGACUAAGAAUGGAAGAAUACUACCAGCAUAUAGUGGUGCAAAUGGUUGGACACGUAAGCUUGGUGAUUACCUAAGUGUGGACGACUCAGGGAUAUAUACUUGUACAGUAUCAACACCCUUUGGAACUGCUUCAAAACAACUGACCAUCCUAGUACAAGAUAUUCCCAGGUUUCUUAUUGCUCCUAGACCGGCACGCAUUGUCCAGAACUCGCUAAGAGCAACUUCGGUCACUCUCAAUCUUCCAUCACCGUCAUACAAAGGAAAUCUACCCGUCAAAAGUUACAAAGUCAUUUGUAAACCAGAUGCAGAGUACAGAUCUUAUGUGAAGGACACUGUUCAAAGUUUUCCACUCAAUACUGUCACAAUUAUUGGACUUCAACCAGCCACCAAGUACACCUGCUGGUAUCAUGCAGAAAAUGCUGCGGGUUCAAGUGGUCCAAGUCCCAGACUAAGACUGCAGACUCCCGAAUCACGGUCUGCGGCGCCCCAAGGCCUCACUGCUGUCUCAACAUCACCAGGUCAUGCAACGAUAAGGUUCAAGCCAAUGCCACCUGCUCUUUCCCAUGGUACUAUAAUUGGCUAUCAGAUUAGUUACGAUGCUAUUGGGUGUAACAAAGUAGAAGAUUGUCAAUGUCAACUCUACAACUGUUCUCUGCACGGAUCUAUUCGAGUUCAUGAAAGAUGGGUCAGCAACUCAAUUUCACUAUCUGGCUUGCGACAUUUUACACGAUACCAGAUUACUGCUGCAGCCAUUAAUGGAGUGGGUCUUGGUGUUAAAGCAAAGAGAAGGCUCAUAACUCAGAAUCUAGCCCCAGGACCAGUAAGGAAUUUGACAGCCAUACCCAUAUCAAGCUCUGUACUACAGGCAAGAUGGCAAGCACCAGAAACAACUUACGGUGGUAAUCUAUACUACGUAAUUCAGUAUAGUGUUCUCAGAGGAGAUACUGAGGAGAGAGUGAGCAACGAUAUCAACAUUGCAAUGCCACUCUACACCAUAACUGGACUAAAGGAGAGCAGAAGUGUCCUCAUCACGGUGUUUGCUGUCAACUCGGUUGGUCCUGGACAUCGUGUCACUUUAGGCACUACAACAGGUGCAGCCAGAGUACAACCUGAUGUCACUGAUAAACCAACUUAUCAACCAAUAACACCUGCUUUCUGCAAGUUGCCCAGUACACCAGGGUGGAUUAUGGCUGUUGCAAGUACACUCACCCCAGAAAUUAUCAAUCUGAUGAAACUGAACUUCUCAGCUAACAUAUCACUUAAUGUCACAUGCAGAGAAGGCCUGUAUGUUUCUGGUAACUGGUCACAACGCCAUCAACUGAUCACAUGCCAGAAAAGUGGAAUGUGGACAAAAGAAAUCUCCGCUUGCUCAGCACCAGUUGAUACUGUGGUUGGGGACAGUCAUAGCCAAAGCAGAGUGGAUAUUUCAGUUGCAGUAUCUAUCCUAAGAGGUAUUUUCUUCGCUGCCAGUGUUGCCCUGAACCUCAUCCUCCUUUUCAAGGUCUACAAUAAGCAAUGAUAAUUGUCCUGGUCCACAUUUCUCCAAAAAGGAAAUUCAAUUCUUCUCUCUGAAGACAAGACUCAUCUCUAGGUGCAGACAAUGGAACAAGGUUAUCCAAUGUCAUCCCGAAAAACACCUAAUGAUCCCUGCCAUCAUAGCCAUUCCAAUGGGGCUAUUGCCGAAGGCAUACCAUUUGCACAACAUACACACCACACCAUGGUCAGAGAAGGAAGUCAAUAGCACAUUGUAGAACUCACUGAACAAUGUACACCGCACAUUCGUGUAUAUCUGUCUAUACACAUUUACCAUACACAUUAUUUUUUAUGUAUAUCUAUCCAUACUCAUUCAUCUAUCUCUAUCUACACACAUCUCACGCUUUGUUUCCUAUUCCUGCUCUCAACCCUGUUAAAAAUACUGUCCACUUGACGAAAUCCCCUCUACAUGUAUUCCAUUCCUAUUAUAAAUGACUUAAGCUAUCCAGUCUAGCCCAUCAUUGCUACGGCACGUCUCGCGGUUUUGUCAAGUUGUUUCUAAUGAACGGUUGCGUUUUCCUGCAGCAUACACGAAAGUCUAGCUAUACAGUGUACACUCUAAUUACCGAUCCUAUCACUUAAUGGCUGAGCUUUGUUUUCCUCCCUGUUCAUUUCUCUCUCUCUCUCUCUCUCUCUCUCUCUCUCUCUCUUCUCUCUCUCUCUCUCUCUCUCUCUCUCUCUCUCUCUCUCUCUCUCUCUCUCUCUCUCUCUCUCUCUCUCUCUCUCUCUCUCUCUCUCUCUCUCUCUCCCAGCCCCCCCCCAUUUUUUCUCUUUUUUGAUCGUUUUCUGGCUAUUGCAGCUUGUUCUGCCCUGGGGAACA